UUUCAUGAAACUCCCCAGGCUGACGAUGAGCACUACAUCCCUCGGGCAGUCCUCAUGGAUCUGGAGCCGAGGGUGAUCCACUCCAUCCUCAACUCCCCGUACGCAAACCUUUACAACCCGGAGAACAUCUACCUCUCUGAGCAUGGCGGAGGUGCGGGGAACAACUGGGCGAGUGGAUAUUCACAGGGCAAAAAAAUCCAAGAAGACAUCUUUGACAUCAUUGACCGGGAGGCCGAUGGCAGUGACAGUCUGGAGGCAAGUCGCUGUUUAUCACAUACAGACUGUCCCAGAGGCAGGGUUAUAGCUAGGAAGGAUCCGUCUUGUGUAAAUAUGACGUCAUGUUCUCGUUGUAACUCUCGCUUUAACAGAAAGGCUGCCUGCCAAACUCAUUAUAUAAUGUUACGUANCUCACGCCUGAAGAGGCUCACGCAGAACGCAGACUGCGUGGUGGUGCUGGAUAACACGGCUCUAAAUCGCAUCGCCACGGACCGCCUGCACAUCCAGAACCCGUCCUUCUCCCAGAUCAAUCAGCUGGUUUCCACCAUCAUGUCUGCAAGCACAACCACCCUGCGUUACCCGGGCUACAUGAACAACGACCUGAUUGGCCUUAUCGCAUCUCUCAUCCCCACGCCCCGCCUCCACUUCCUCAUGACUGGCUACACACCUCUUACUACUGACCAGUCGGUCGCUAGUGUGAGGAAGACCACAGUGCUGGAUGUGAUGAGGAGGCUUCUGCAACCCAAGAACGUCAUGGUGUCCACGGGGAGAGAGAAGCAGCCGAACCACUGCUACAUCGCCAUCCUGAACAUCAUCCAGGGCGAGGUCGACCCCACACAGGUGCAUAAAAGCCUCCAAAGGAUCCGGGAGCGUAAGCUGGCCAGCUUCAUCCCCUGGGGCCCCGCCAGCAUCCAGGUGGCUCUGUCCAGGAAGUCCCCGUACCUGCCCUCUGCCCACAGGGUCAGCGGCCUGAUGAUGGCCAACCACACAAGCAUCGCCUCGCUGUUUGAGCGGACGUGCAAGCAGUACGACAAACUGCGUAAGCGAGAAGCCUUCCUGGAACAGUUCCGCAAAGAGGACAUAUUCAAGGAGAACUUUGACGAGCUGGACAACUCUCGGGAAGUGGUCCAGCAGCUGAUAGACGAGUACCACGCAGCCACGAGGCCUGAUUACAUCUCCUGGGGCGCGCAAGAGCAGUGAACGCACUGACUUCAAUCUCUGAAAUACCAUAGACGAUUAGCUCAUUUCUCCUCUUUUCAAACACGUUCUCCUACAUAUAGGUGUCCCUAAAGAGACAGAUAUUUGGCUAUAGUUGCAUCUCUGAAAUACAUAUUUAUUGGCUUGUUAUAGCAGUAAAUAUAAUGUUUCUGUAUCAAAAUGUAAACAAGAAAAUGAGUGGAAACAGCCUCUGUAAUUAUAUUAACCAAAAAGUAAAAUCACCUUUUCUGAGCUGGAUCACAUCCUGGAGAUUCUUAAACCUAGUUUAAAUAUAAUAAUCCUUGCCAACAGUCCAGUGAAGUGAAAGUCAACAUUCAUUUCUUACAAGUAUGUGCAGAAAACAUUGAUCUGUCUUAUAUAAAAUGAUCCAUAACUGUCUGUUAAUAGUUUUUUUUAGUUUCCCUUAAACUCAUAUUUCCCGCCUUGUAGCCUUUUGGUUUUCAGCAUUGCAAGAACAUGUGUUGCCUUGCUUUGGUCUAUUUUUAUACUGAAUACAGUAUUUUUUGCAGUUUAGUUACAGUAAAACUACCACCCCACACAAAUUGAUUGCCUUGAAUACUGACAGUACGGUUGACAGAAUAUGUUGCAUGAUGGGUAACGCAGGUUCUUGCAUCCCAGACAUUUCUGUCAUCGGGCCGUCAUCUGUUUGCUGCUGAUAAACAUUGAUCUUUUUUUACUGCUGUACAAAAACAAGAAUGUCAAGACAAGUUGGGCUUGAGCCAAAAAUGUUAAAAUACAUGCUAUAAAUUAAACGGCUUGGACAUUUUAACAGCAUUGGCCGAGUACAAUUUGCACAGACGAACAUAGUGUACACUUCAUCUCCAUGCUUGUAUAUAUGCUGCAAAGAAUAGCUCAUCACUGACAUUCUCUGUAUUGUCUUAAAUGAAUAUACUUUUGUUUGUUGGACCUGUUUGAAAUGGUUAAUAAACACGUUUUGUAUUUGAAA